GGCGAGAGUGAGACUGAGGUGAGAGUGGAGCUUCAAGGGUCAGACCUAUGGAACAGAUUUCACGAGAUCGGCACAGAGAUGAUAAUAACAAAGGCUGGGAGGAGAAUGUUCCCCUCAGUACGUGUGAAAGUCAGGAACCUGGAUCCAUUCAAACAGUACUACAUCGCAAUGGAUAUUAUGCCCGUGGACUCAAAAAGAUACAGGUACGUGUACCACAGCUCGCAGUGGAUGGUAGCGGGCAACACCGACCAUUCAUGCAUUGCGCCCAGGCUCUACGUACACCCCGACUCGCCCUGUUCUGGGGAGACGUGGAUGCGUCAGGUCAUUAGCUUCGACCGUGUCAAACUCACUAACAACGAAAUGGAUGACAAAGGACACAUAAUACUACAAUCAAUGCACAAGUACAAGCCGCGAGUUCACGUGAUCUUGCACGACCAGCGACUGGACCUCUCACAGAUCCCAUCGCUCCCCGCCGAAGGUGUGCACAGCUUCUCGUUCUCAGAGACCCAGUUCACCACUGUCACGGCUUACCAGAACCAGCAGAUCACGAAAUUGAAGAUUGACAGGAAUCCAUUUGCUAAAGGCUUCAGGGACCCUGGGAGGAACAGGGGGGUUUUGGAUGGGAUUCUGGAAUCGUACCCGUGGCGAAGCCCUCUCAGCCUCGACUUCAAACCCUUUUCUCUGGAGCCACAAGGUGGACACUCGAGGUCUCUGUCCAGCUGCAGUGGCAUUUCCCCCCUGAAAGACCUUCUGUCGACGUCUUGCUCGCCUACGUCCUUCCCCUUCACUAUACCCUACGCAGACGCCGGGGCCUUACACAACAUGAGCUUCCCGCUCUGCUACAAGAUCCCCCCCUCGGCCGCUGCGCUCGGAGGCCGACCCUACAGCCUGCCAGCGCCAGACCGGCUACUCCGCCAGACAGGCUACUCCGGGAUGCGACCAAUGGUGGACUUCCCCCUUCUGUGUCCCCUGCAUGGGAAGAAAGGGCCCAACUGCAGGGGCCCGUGCCUCCAGGGGGCCCCAACCAGCUCCCCCAGCAAGUUCUCACUGCCAGGUCUCCAUGGGACCGGAGGCUCCAGAAUUCACCAGUCCACAAUGCAUCACGAAACUCUGCCACCCCCCCUGCCGUCCGCCUACAGUGUCUGUGGCUACAGCAUUCCCGUAGGUCACCGCUUCUCUGGCGUCGCACGCCACCUAAAGCUGGCUGACGCCGUGAGGCUGACGGCCAGCGAAAGCCUGCUGUCCCCGACACCCUGGCACCCUGCCAUCAACCACUGCCUCUGA